CCCCCACAAGACCAAGAUUAACAGAACCUGCAGUACUUGGUUUUCACCGGUGCAUAUCAUUGUUCCCUGGGAGGUGUUUGACUCCGACAUUUGCCUUGUGUGGCUCAGCUUUGGUCUGAUUUGUUUGUGCUUUGGCUGGGGUGAAGAACGCCAAUGGCUCUCAUGGAUAAGCAUAAAGUCAAGCGACAGAGGCUGGACCGCAUUUGUGAAGGGGGUAGGUUGAAGGAGGAGACUGUUUGCCUGGGAUUGUGCCAAGCGAAAGCAUUCUGACAGUAACUGUAAGUGGAGAAGGAGAGGAAGAAAGGCUGGUCAACUGCAGCAUGCAAGGCAUUCGACCCCCGAUUCUGAAUGGCCCGAUGCACCCGCGCCCCCUUGUGGCACUGUUGGAUGGUCGCGACUGCACUGUGGAGAUGCCUGUCCUGAAGGAUGUGGCCACAGUGGCCUUUUGUGACGCCCAGUCCACCCAGGAGAUCCAUGAGAAGGUGCUGAAUGAGGCAGUGGGUGCCCUGAUGUACCACACCAUCACCCUGUCGCGGGACGACCUGGACAAGUUCAAGGGACUGCGGAUCAUCGUGCGAAUCGGCAGUGGCUUUGACAACGUGGACAUCAAGGCUGCGGCUGAACUAGGUAUAGCUGUGUGUAAUGUGCCUGCUACAUCAGUGGAAGAGACGGCGGACACCUCCAUGUGUCUGAUCCUGAACCUGUACCGCCGCGUCACCUGGAUGCACCAGGCUAUGAGAGAGGGCACCAGGGCUUCCAGCGUGGAGCAGAUCAGGGAGGUGGCCAGUGGAGCUGCCCGCAUCCGGGGAGAGACGCUGGGCAUCAUCGGCCUGGGGCGAGUGGGCCAGGCUGUAGCGCUGCGGGCCAAGGCCUUUGGCUUCAGUGUGAUCUUCUACGACCCCUACCUGCCAGACGGAGUGGAGCGCUCUCUGGGCCUGCAGAGAAUGGCCACCCUGCAGGACCUGCUGAUCCACUCUGACUGUGUGUCACUGCACUGCAGCCUCAACGAGCACAACCAUCACCUCAUCAACGACUUCACCAUUAAACAGAUGCGUCAGGGGGCAUUUUUGGUGAACACGGCGCGAGGGGGCCUGGUGGAUGAGAAGGCCCUGUCCCAGGCACUGAAAGAGGGCAGGAUACGGGGUGCUGCCUUGGACGAUACGCAGACGGAGCCCUUCAGCUUCUCUCAGGGCCCACUGAAGGACGCUCCUAAUCUGAUUUGCACCCCCCACACAUCAUGGUACAGUGAGCAGGCGUCCCUUGAGGCGAGGGAGGAGGCAGCUAGAGAAGUGCGCCGGGCCAUCACAGGCCGCAUCCCUGACAGUCUGAAGAACUGUGUGAACAAGGAGUAUCUGAUGGCAACGCCCCAGUGGCCUGGCAUGGACCAUGGGGCCGUGCACUCAGAACUCAACGGAGCUGCUGCUUACAGGUUCCCUACUGGUCUAGUGGGAGUGACAGCAGGAGGCCUGACAGGGGCAGGCACUGCAGUGGAGGGAAUUGUUGCAGGGAACCUGGCUAUGGCACAUGGGAUUGCCCCCGUGUCUCGACCCCCCCACACCCCAUCGCCAGGGCAACCCUCUAAAGCAGAAACAGACAGAGACAUGCCAACGGACCAGUAGCACCCCCACCCCACCCCCAACUGUCCCCCAAUCCCCCUCUCGUCCACAACAUUCCGUCGUCACCCUUCAUGUUCAUUCAAGCUGAUAGACACUGGUAUUGAGGUCCAUUCUGACCCGGCUUUGGUCCCGUCCUACGGAACAGAAUCCUUCAGGAGGGACCAGUCUGCAUCGACUCCCUCCACACAUCCUAUUUUCUCUCAUCCAGAAAGCAAUAAGUGGAUUACUCAAGGAUUUUUUUUUCCAGUUUGCUUUUAAACCCCUCUGUGUCUGACGUUCAUGUGGCUCAGUGGUUUUGUAAAUUAGUCUUUUGUGGAGAACUGUUAAUAUUUUUCCUGUGUUUUUUGGUUUUGUUAUCUCUAUUGCUGUUUGACAUGCUGUAAAGUGAGGCAUAAGUCUGGAACGGUAUUGAAGAUGAAUUUCUUUUUUUCCCACUACUAUUUGUUCACAAAGAUUACAAAGGAUUUUCUAAUGUCGGACUCUACAUUUAGUCAUCACAAUAAAAGUGUGGCUCUGACUUUUUGAGCUUUUUGACAUGAAUUGAAUAAUAUCACAUUAUAUGCCUCUGCUGAUAAAGCACAGAACUAUG